AUGGCUCGUCCUGCCCAGGAGUUUCUCGUUUAUCGUGGUGGUAAAUGGGUCACAAAAAUGGUGCACGACCUAAAUGACCAUGUUACAUUUGAUGACAUAAAAUUCAAUUACGCAAAUAUUAUCGAUUAUAUACGUAUUGUUAUGUGUAUCGUGGCUGGAUUUACUAUGAAUACGGAAUGGCAUCUAGUCACUGCAUUUCUCAUUUUGGGUUCAAUAUUAUUAGAUUGGAUUGAUGGUCCAAUCGCGCGUGCAUGCAAUCAAUGCUGCAUCUUCGGUUCAGGCAUUGAUUGGCUAGCUGAUAUACUUGGCACAUUAGUUAUGAUGGCUUGGUGGAUUCGAUAUGAUUACGCUGUGAUUCCAUGGCUUCUUAUUGCUACUUCGAUAGAAAUCAGUACAGGAAUAUUCGAUUUUUCUGUUACAGCCACAGCUCGCUAUCCAAAAUUGAAGAAAGGUCAAAGUGGAUUUUUUCUUAUUCUUGAAUGGUCAAUGCCGGAAAAUGGAUACACCAAUUUAGGCACCUUUCUUUGGCUUGCUUAUCCAUUCUACUGUGUUUUCCGAACAUUAGAACAUUGUUAUGGAUAUUACGAAUUAGUCAAUGUGGCAAGUCUACUGACUUCAGUAACAGAAUCGAACUUUAUAUUGACUGUCUUUUUAUUAAAUCGUUAUUUUUUGUUCUUACCCGCAUUACUUUACAUUUGGUGUGAAUUGGCAUAUGGUGCUCAUAUAAUUAAAUCUUGGAUUGAAAUAUCAAAAACAACUAAACCAAGUGCUGAAGAAAUCGUUUAUGAUGAUGCAACAGAAUCAGUCAUGGGUGGAUUCAUUCAUUAUGGAAUAUUACCAAGUAGUUAUCAAACAUUAUUACAAGAUAUUUACACUGAUCUACAAUUGAAACUUCAUACUGAAUAUAGAUUAGCUUUAUCAGAGCGUAAAGUUUUUUGGAUAAAUAUUUGGCAACGAACCGGAAAAAAGACAGGACUCAUGGUUGAAUUCGAUCAAAGUCGUCAAUUGGAUGAAUUAGUUCACAAAUGGAUAGCGAAGUAUUAUGAUGUUAACGAAGUUCUUUUAGAUGGAUAUGGUUAUAUUUUAAAUCCGAGAAAUUCCGAAGCUCAAAUGUUUCAUCUUGAUUAUACAAUUGAUUAUUCUACUGUAUUCAUUCCAUUGACUGCGAUUUCGCAUAAUAAUGCAGUACAAUAUAUAAUUCCGUCGUCAUCAACGAGUUCGACUAUGUUACUCGACGCAAUAAGAAAUCCUGAUUGCAUUGAUCUUAGUCGAUUAUUAAAAGAUGAAGCUUAUUACUCGGUGCGUCAGUGUGUCGCAAAACCGUUUACUGUGCUAAAAAUGGAUUUUGGUACUAUUCAUCGAGCUAUUUCAAAUCAAGACUCAUAUGAUCGGCUUAUGUUUUAUAUUUCAGUGAUAAAGAAAAAUGGUGUUGCAACUGCCAAAAUACCUGAUGAGCCGCUGUUUCAUUCGGUCGAGAAGAUUAGAUGA